UUCAUUCCUACCCCUAUCUGGAACUUUUCUCUGCGUAUUUUUCUCAUUCUGGCGAGUUUUGAUCUCUUUUCGUCAAUGGGUUUCGGAUUUCUAUAGAUUCUAUGCACCGAUCUUCUUUUUGUUCGCCUCUCGAAUCUAUUCGCUUCUCCAUCAUUCCGUUUGAUCAUUCCUUCCAAUGGAGGAGGCCUCGACAUCAAAAUCAACCGUUAGGAAAACGAUGGAGAAGCAACUGACGGGGAAACGCGAAGAUACGAUCCUCCAUUCGGCGGUCAGGCGAGGAGAUCUCGGAGCGGUGAAGGAGAUUCUGAGUGAAGCAGGAGAAGAGAAUCUGACGGAUUUGUUACAGAAGCAAAACCAGUCCGGCGAGACGGUGCUUUACGUGGCGGCGGAAUACGGCGAUCCCGAGGUGGUCGGAGAGCUGAUAAAGCACUAUGAUCUCACCGACGCCGAGACCAAAGCCAGAAAUGGGUUCGACCCUUUUCACAUCGCUGCAAAACAAGGAGAAUUAGAGGUUCUGAAGGUGCUAAUGGAAGCAUAUCCAGAGUUGGCAAUGACGGUGGACAUCUCGAACACGACGGCUCUACACACGGCGGCGGCUCAGGGACACGUUGAGGUCGUGGAGUACCUUCUCGAGACCACAGGUAGCAGCCUCGCCGCCAUAGCUAAGAGCAAUGGCAAAACGGCUCUGCACUCGGCGGCGCGUAAUGGGCACGCGCAGGUGGUGAAGGCUGUGGUUGCGGCGGAGCCGGACAGCACGAGGAGGACAGACAAGAAGGGUCAGACGCCACUUCACAUGGCGGUGAAGGGUCAAAGUCUAGACGUCGUUGUCGAGCUCGAGAAGGGAGAUCGGUCCGCUUUGAACAUGGUUGAUUCCAAGGGUAAUACACCAUUGCACGUUGCAUCGAGGAAAGGUCGGAUUCAGAUCGUAGAAUUGCUUCUAAAGAACAAGGGAACGAGCACGAGAGACAUAAACCGCGCCGGAGAAACAGCUCUCGACACGGCGGAGAAAAACUGCCACGAAGAAGUCGCCGUACUCCUCCGCAAUCACGGAGUCCCAUCGGCCAAAUCCAUCAAGAACCCAUCUCCGCCGGCGAACGCGGCGGCGCGUGAGCUCACCCGGACGGUGAGCGACAUCAAGCACGAGGUCCAUCACCAGCUGGAGCACGCGCGAGAGACAAGGAAACGCGUUCAGGGAAUCGCGAAACGCAUAAACAAAAUGCACGUGGAGGGCCUCAACAACGCGAUCAACUCCACCACCGUCGUGGCCGUACUCAUCGCCACCGUGGCGUUCGCCGCCAUUUUCACCGUCCCGGGACAAUACGUGGACGACCCGAGUUCGAUAUUGCAGGGACAGUCACUCGGAGAAGCCAAUAUCGCGGGAAGACCAGCGUUCACUAUAUUCUUCGUGUUUGAUUCGAUCGCCCUUUUCAUAGCUCUGGGCGUUGUCGUGGUUCAGACAUCAGUUGUCGCGAUCGAACACAAAGCCCAGAAGAACAUGAUGGCGGUGAUCAACAAGCUGAUGUGGUGGUUUGUGGGCGUGGGGGAGGACGAGCGGUGGCUAGCGAUCGGAGUGACGGUGGUCGGAUCGUCGAUAAUGGUGACGACGCUCGGGACGAUGGGGUAUUGGGUGGUGAAGCAUCGGAUCGAAGCUUCUAACGCAAGAAACGAGCAUGGAGAAUCCAUGGCCAGAUCCCGACAGAUGAUGAUGCCGGGUUUCAUGGAGGUUUCUGGGUUUCUGACAAAGAGAAUGUAUGCUAUUUAGAUGUGUGUGUGUAUGCAGUGAUUAGAAUCAGUGUUUGUGUGUGCGUGUAUCGCCAUUUUGAAUGAAAUCAUUGAUGAAACA